ACCGGGCCGCUGCCGCGAGCGCUGGGCCCGCCGCGGGACUACGCUUCCCAGCGGGCCCCCCUCAGGCCGCGCAGAGCGAAGCGCCGCUACCAAGCACGUCGGGAAUUGUAGGCGCUGAUCUCCACCUCCUAUUGUGGUUGUGGCACGUCGACAAUAGCGGCGGUGGAGGCGGCGGCGCCGCCCCGCGUUGAACCACUGCCGCCGCGCACUCCUCCCCAUGGGGCCGAGCGAAAGGGGCGUCGCUGCUGCCACCGCGAUGGCUGGUUGUUGUCAGUCCCUGGCAGCGGGUUAUGGUGACGGCGGUGAAUGAAUUCUCCAGGAGGCAGGGGGAAAAAGAAGGGCUUAGCCGGCUCCAGCUACGCGGCCCCGGCUGCCGGGGCCUCCCCUUCCUCGCCGCCCGGGUCGGCUCCCACCGUGCCGCCGGCGGGGGCGGCGGCAGCGGCGUCCCCCCACAAGAGGAACCUGUACUACUUCUCGUACCCUCUCUUCGCCGCCUUCGCCCUGCUGCGCUUCGUCGCCUUCCAGCUCGGGCUGCUCUUCGCCUGGCUCUGCGAGCGCCUGUCCCGCAGCGCCCUCAUGGCCACCAAGGGCAGCAGGACCGGGGCCGCGGACGCGCCCGAGCCCGGCGGCGCUCCCGAGACGGUGCGGGCCUGUCACAAGCGGGCCUUUGAGUGCAUCUCCAUGGCGCUGCGCAUCGACGAAGACGAGAGAGCAGGACAAAAGGAACAAGCUGUUGAAUGGUAUAAGAAAGGAAUUGAAGAACUGGAAAAAGGAAUAGCUGUCUUAGUAAUUGGUCAAGGUGAUCAGUGUGAACGGGCUCGACGUCUGCAAUCUAAAAUGAUGACAAAUUUGGCAAUGGCCAAGGAUCGCUUGCAGCUUUUAGAGAAGCUGCAGGCAGUUUUGCAAAUUUCCAAGCCGCAAAUGGAGGUCUAUAAUGACAGUACUAACCUGGCAUGCCGCAAUGGACAUCUCCAGUCAGAAAGUGGAGCCGUUCCAAAAAAGAAGGAUCCCUUAACACACACAAGUAAUUCCCUUCCUCGUUCAAAAACUGUUGCAAAAACUGGAUCCACAGGCCUUUCAAGUCACCACAGAACACCUAGCUACAGUGGAAUAUCAACUUCUGCAUCUAGACCUCCUGCAGCUUCAACUUAUAAGCCUGCUCCUAAAAAUAAUAGAACAAAUAAGCCUUCCACUCCUACCACUGCCCCUCGAAAAAAGAAAGACUUGAAGAUAUUUAGAAAUGUGGACAGUAACCUUGCUAAUCUCAUCCUGAAUGAAAUUGUUGAUAGUGGGCCAGCUGUCAAAUUUGAUGAUAUUGCAGGGCAGGAGCUGGCUAAACAAGCUUUGCAAGAAAUUGUUAUCCUUCCAUCUCUCAGACCUGAGUUAUUUACAGGACUUAGAGCUCCUGCACGUGGUUUAUUGCUGUUUGGCCCCCCAGGAAAUGGGAAGACAAUGUUGGCCAAAGCAGUUGCUGCAGAGUCAAAUGCUACUUUCUUUAAUAUAAGUGCAGCAAGCCUAACUUCAAAAUAUGUAGGAGAAGGGGAGAAACUAGUACGUGCUCUAUUUGCAGUAGCCAGAGAACUUCAGCCUUCUAUAAUAUUUAUUGAUGAAGUUGAUAGCCUUUUGUGUGAAAGACGAGAAGGUGAACAUGAUGCUAGUAGGCGUCUAAAAACAGAAUUUUUAAUAGAAUUUGAUGGAGUACAGUCUUCUGGAGAGGACAGAAUACUUGUGAUGGGAGCAACAAACCGGCCGCAGGAGCUUGAUGAUGCUGUUCUCAGACGAUUCACUAAACGGAUAUACGUGUCUUUACCAAAUGAGGAAACAAGACUGAUUUUGCUGAAGAAUCUUCUAAGCAAGCAAGGAAGUCCUUUGACCCAAAAAGAGUUGGCACAACUAGCUAGAAUGACAGAUGGAUACUCUGGGAGUGACUUAACUGCAUUAGCAAAGGAUGCAGCGCUGGGCCCUAUUCGAGAAUUAAAACCAGAACAAGUGAAGAACAUGUCUGCCAGUGAGAUGAGAAAUAUUAAACUAUCAGAUUUCACUGAGUCUUUGAAGAAGAUAAAGCGCAGUUUGAGCCCUCAGACCCUGGAAGCAUAUAUUCGCUGGAACAAGGACUUUGGAGAUACCACGGUGUGAAACACUACUUGAAGUGAAACGAAGUGCUGCCUAAGGAGCAAUUGGUACAGACUACUGGAAAGCAGACAGAGUUUACAGGACUUUACAGAUCUUUAAGUAUCUGAAUUAAAACUUCAGAUUAAGAAAAAAUUAUACAAUGUGAAAUCAAACUGUUCAUCAAAGCCUCCUUGCCAUUUAGUAAGGAUUUACACACUGUAAGUAAGAGCACAAUAGGACUUGAGAUAAGAUUCCUAGCAAUCCGAUUACAGUUUGAACAAUAAUGUAUGCAUUUUGUUUCAGAUGGAAGGUUCUGAUGAUAUUGAUCAUUGGAAUUCCUUUUUUCCUAUGUUGUGUGUGUGUUUUUUUGUUUUAAAUUUUGCCAUGACAUUAAUGUCUGUCUUUCUUCUUUAUAACUACUAACUUACAAUUGGAGGUUUGUAAACUUUGGUUCAGUUUUUUACUUUUCUGUCCUUAACGUGCCAAAUAAAACAAUUUCCCUAUGCAGAGAGGAAGAACAGCACUGGGGAAUUAUUAUUAUUAAAAUGUAAAAAGCAGCUGGUCUGUUAUUAUUUGUCUCUUUGUUUAUUUGUUAUGUGACUGUAUUGUUCACAGAACAGUUUUAAAGAAGACCUUUGAUAGCAGAACAGCAAAAAAACCCGACCCUAUAAAACCAAUUCCAACUGUCUUUUAAAAAAAUUAAUUACUAAAUAAAAAAAUAGACUAAAGACAUUAAUUUACCAGCAGUAUUUUCUCUUAACACAUUUUGUAAUAUUUCCAUUGGUAGAACAUUAGCUUAAGCUUAGGGUAUACAACUCAAAGUCCAGCUGAUGUUUGAGAGAGUGAGUGAUGCUUAUUGUGAAGUUUCAGAAAUGUUUCUACUCUGUAAUUUGGUCUCUUUACGAUAAUUGAAAGUAAAAUUUCCAUUGUGAUAAUUUUUUUAAUCUAGACAUGUGAGCAUUAAAAUACAAGGCUACAUGUUUAAUACAUGGCACAUAUUAAUGUUUUUAUAGCUUUCAUGUUUUGGUUUAUACAUUGAAGUAUGAAACACUCAAAUGAUCUGUUUUUUUCAAAAGAAACUGUGUCUUUGUACAAAUACUUGGGUUUAUUACAAGCUAUUAAAAAACCUCACUUAAGUGAAAGCCUUUAAAUACUGUAAUAAAGCAGAACAACUUUGCCUGUACUUCCAAAGGCCUGACAUCUUGUUUACAAAUUGUAUAUGGAUUAAAAAGAUGUUCACAAGGCAGAACAUCAGUUCCUUGUUAGAGCAUUUUGUGGGAUCUUGUUUGUUUUUUUAAAGACAACUCUCCCAACUUCAUGAUAUUAUAAAUCAGUUUAAACUAAAUAGUUGUAGGCUUUGCUUCAGGUCUUAACAGAAAAUUUCGUUCCUAAUUGUUAAUUUAACUUAUUUAACUUAUAUUUUAUUUGUAGGAGUACGUCAAAUAUUUCUGGGACUAUUCAACUGAAAGUUGACCAUAAAUAAUAUAUUUUAUACAUACAUACAUACAUAUAUAUAUAUAUAUAUAUAUAUAUAUAUAUAUAUAUAUGAAAAAAACCCACCCCUAGCUGAUAGAUGCAGUGUAAGUAUAGUAAUAGAGAGGCCUCUGCUCACUGUUUAGGAUUGGGUACUGAAUAGGAGAAACUAUGUCAGACUUUUGAGACACACAGAUGCAGUAUGUUUGAGAUUCUUUUGGUUUUUUGAACCACGGAUGUUUUUAACUGACAUUAAAAGAAAGAGAAGAUCAUGUUACACUAGUAUGCCUUUUGAAAUAACCAAACCACUUCUAGCCUUCUAAGGAUAUGACUCCCUUAAAUGUAUGUCUGAUGUGAAACAUGCUGACUUCUGUUCUCCUGAUUCACUCUCGUGGAGAAAUAAGAAAUGCUAAAACAUUUCAGUUUUUAAAAUCUUAUGCAUUGCUUGCUUUGCCUUAUUUCUGUCUUCAGUAGACUGUCUCUGUUAUUGGAGGUUCCCAUCUGCUAAAAUACCACCAGAGUAUCCAGCACAAAGGGUCAUAAAUUUGUGCUUCUGCUUCUGGAAGAAAAGGGACUAACCCUUUAACUUGCUUGUACAACCAGCUUAGGUUAGGAGAAUCUGUGUGACUGAGUCCACUGUUCUUUUGUUAUCUUUUCUGCCCUGAUUGUUUUCUGCAUAAUGGAUAAACUAAGCUUUAUAAAUCAGAACACAGUAAGAAGUACUUAAUUUUGUUCUGCACUAUCAGUUUGCCUCACGGCUGCUGUAUUUUUAGCCUAUGACUGAGUGCCAAAAACCCCAACCUAUUAUCUGUACUUCCCAAAUCUAUGGUAUUUUUAUAUAGUUUGCAUCUGUAUUUCUCGUAAAGUCAAAUUAUGUUCUAAUUCAGUAUCUUGAAUUAGGAGACGAUAAGCAGGACAGCAACUUAGAUGCUUUUAACCUUUGCAAAGAUUAGCAUUACAUUAUCUCUCUGAACCCCCUCUUUCUUCUUCCUCCACCCCCCGAAUCUGCCCACUGCUAAUGAAUGAGUGGCUUGACCUACUUUUCUGAGGUGAUGAGGAAGCAGCUUGUCUGGCUGUCUGCAACUGUGUUUUACUGACUUAAAGUAUAGAAGUUUCUGGACGGAGGAAGACAACCCCAGCCAUUCCCCUUUGUUUUUUAACAACCUCCUUUAGACAUCUUUGCCUCUUUUUAUUAAGCAGGAAACACACCUUUUGUCUUUCUAUGUGUUGGAAGACCAAUGUUUUCUUAAGCAGCAGGUUGCUGCUUUUGGUGGCAUAACAGGAGGGAAAUACUUAGGCACUGUGUGAUGCUCUUUCUCCAUAAAAUGAUAAUUUGUUAUGUUUUGAUGUUCUCUUUACUAAUGUUGACUUUUCUGUAGCAUACACCAAACCUAUAUAGGUUCUCUCCUUGCGGCUAAGGCAAAAGCAACACUAUAAAGAAAAGCCUUAAAUCAGGAUAUUUACGCAUAUGUAUGUCUCUGUCCUGUUAAUCGUAGACUUUACAGAGCUCACUAUAGUAGAAAUAGGCAUUCUGCCCAUGAGACGUCUCAGUGACUCUACUUCAGAAAGUCAGUCAUAGUUUUGUUGAAUAUUACUCUGCAACUCACUUUAUAUAGAUAAUAAAGUGUGAUAGUAACACUUGAGAAGAAAUGGAUCUCUGAACUGAGAAGGAAUUUGCUGUCACUGCACUAAUUAGAGGCCAUUGCUGAUUGCACUGUCAUUUUUUUAUACAUUUAACUUACCCAAUUAACCUUACCUUCUGGUGUAGAAUAAAGGAUUUUUUUUUCUGUUCUAAACAAGUGGGUUUAAGUACUGGUUGGCACUGCUGCCAAGUCCAACUUGUGAAAUUUAAGUACUUCUUUCUGUGAAUACUGAAGUUGGGUACACUGGCAAAUUUAAUGGAGACAUCAGUUCUGCAACUAGUAUGGAAGGCAGCAUUCAUGGUGAAACUCUGUGCCCUAGCUUCUUAACAGUGUUUUCCUACCCAAGACACGGAUAACGCAUAGUUGUGCCCAAGACACUCUUGUCUAGCUACUCCAGUGCUUUAGUGAUGCUUCUGCAUGUGGCAGCAAGCACUUUUGUAGGUUACAGAUCUUCAUUCAUUGUCUGUGGCAGUCUUCUGCUUUUGUGAUGUUUUUAGUAUUGGGGAAUUCUACCAGAUAUCAAAAAUUGUAUGAAAAGCAGCAACUAGGUAGUGAAUGCAACUAGUUAAUCUCAGUUGUGCUAAUUAGUACUGAUUUCAUUGAUGGCUCUUUCAAGCUGUUCCUUGGUUACUUGGAUGUUGUUUUACUCACCUGUAAACUUUCAUGCUUAGGAUGAUGUUACUUUCUUUUAGUUUUUUUUCCUUUAAAUAUUCUUUUAAAUAUUGUAACUAUAAUUCCACAGGAUGAGUAAGUUAAACUGUGGCUUCUUGCAAAUAUAAAUCAUCUUCUGAUGUAUGGGGCAAUGUUUAUUUUGUUUUCCCUGCUUCUCGUGUAAAUUGUUAACUGUCUUAGAGUGGAAACUGUUUACUUUGUCAAUAACUACCUCCUGAGUUUGGUAAUAAUUGGCAAGGUAUACACUACCCUAGUGCAUUAAAUAUAUUGGCUAAA